UAUUCUUACAAUAAUUACACUAAAACUUUGAAUCUCCAUCAAUUGCCAUUUUGCCAAAAAAUUUCGUUACAACAAGAAUGGCUAGCAAGGCGUUAGUGGCAUGCCAAUCUUCAACUCUGGUGUCGAAUAGGCCCUUUACCAACCCAUUACCAAUUGGGCUGAUCCCACAAUCUUCUGUUGUAUCCGCUACACCAUCAAACAAACCUUCAAGGUCAUCUAUGAUGGUGCGAGCCCAACAGGCAGGUGGUCAGCCAACUGACCCUGUCCAUCCCGUGACAGGUUCACCAUUCCACAAAAAAGUCGCCCUCCUUGAAACCUCUCCUUACGUACGAACUCCCUGGAACACAACAGAGGACGAGCACGAAAUCAGGAUGUGGUUUGACAUGCCGGGGACUAAUGCAGAAAACAUCGAAGUGGACGUCGUGGAUAACUUGCUAGUGAUCAAGGGAGAAGGUGGAAUUGAUGCAUUUGGGAAGAAAAUCUUUAGCCCCUAUGAUAGCAGGGUUCAAUUGCCUCCUAAUUCUUGGAAGGAAGAGAUCACUGCUGCAUUUAAAAAUGGUGUUCUCUACAUUACCGUGCCAAAGAUUACCAAAUUCGAGCACAAAAUUAUCCAAAUUCCAGUUCGAUCCGCUUAAUUACAAAUGAACCGUCACUCUUACUCCGUAGUAGAUGUGUGUUAUAUUUACAUACUAUGAAAAUAAGCUCUGUUUGCAAUAUGUUCAAAUGGAAUGACCCAUAUGUUGUAAUGAAACACUUAUAUACCAUAUAUUAUGUAUAUUCCUUAUUAUUUAAAGAGUAUUUACCUUUGAUUUUAUUUUUUUUUCGUUAAUUGUAUCUGUUAGUUGAAACAAACACUACAAGUGGGGUGAAUUGUACAUAGUUGAGUUUCUAGUGACUACUUUUGCAAAAUAUAAAACAGAUUAUAAAGGAACUUUGCAAUGCACACAGGAUUUUACGAGGAAACCUACCAGAGCCCAACUGGAAGUAAAACCUAGACCCUUCUAAGGGAUUUCCAAAUUAAAUUCAUUCACUAUAAUAAGGCAAAUACCAAGUU